AUGUCGCUGCCCGAGCCCCUGAGGAGGCGGCUGGGCUCCUUCAGCCGCACCGUCUUCACCGACAGCCACCGCACCGGCCCGCAGAGUGAUAAAGACUUCUCUCUAUCUACAGAUAAUGAAAUAGUUUCCAGUUUACCACUGCAGAUGUCCCUCUAUUUCAACGUUUACUUUUUCCCAUUUUGGUGGCUCAGCACAGUUGUCAUGCUCCAUCUGAAGUAUCCAGUCUUGUCAGAUUACUACAAGUUCAUCCUGGUCACAAUCAUGAUCCUAGCCUCUCUAAUAGAGGUCAUUCGACUCUACCUGGGAUACAUGGGCAAUCUGCAGGAGAAGGUCCCUGAGCUGGCUGGGUUUUGGCUCCUGAGUCUCCUCCUGCAGUUGCCUAUAAUUCUCUUCUUGCUAUUUAAUGAAGGUCUGAAAAUUCAGCCACUGGAGCGAGCAGUCCAUAUUGUCUUUGCCCUCUUCCUCACCUUCCAAGUCGUUGCAGCCUUUGUCACCCUGAAAAGAAUGGUGAACAAACUGGCAACUCACUUCCGCCUUAACGAAUUUGACCAGCUGGAGGAACAUCCUGUGCCUGAUUUUUACAGCCUGGGUAAAGAAGAGAGAGCAGUUUCCAUGGCUGGUAGGGGCCCCAGUGCUGGCUGGGGGUCACACACUGAGGGCCUGAGGAGCUAACAGAGGCGGGCCUCAUGUUGCUACAGCUCUGUUUCCAUUUUGUUGGGUCAUUCUUUACCUUCCUACAUCAGAGAUUAAAAAAUAGAUCUUGCUUAAGAGCCAUCAUUAAACGUCAGAGAUUGGAGCUCCACUCUGCAAGAAAAAUCGAAGCCAAUUACAUAACUGGUUUGAGUGGACUAUUUGUGGACUGUUACUGCGUAGAGUACCAACAGAGUAGAUUUGGUGGUUUUUACAUUUUACAAAGUCAUAUUUUUAAAAAAACAAGCCUUUUUUCCUCACUGUUUGCACAGAAUUGUUUUGUUUACAAUAAAUC